AUGAAUGUUGUAUUCACUAGCAACCCGUCUUCAACUCCCGCAUCUUUGGGCGUCAAUGCCAACGCUAGCGAUCUGGAAUGCCAAGGGGUCACGGACCCAAGGGCUAAGAAACGCCUGCAGAAUAGGGUAGCCCAGCGAAGUUACCGACGUCGUGUCAAGUCCCGCAUUGCCGACCUACAAAAGAAGGUGGCACAGUAUGAAGAUGCAAAUUCAUCGAAAGAAAGUCCAGAGACUGGAGAGCAACCUCGUGCUCAUGGAGAUUCUGUGCAGCAACGGACAUCGUAUACAUCACCUGAAACAACCAACCGGGGAUCGACUCAGGGCUUGCCUGAAAUUCUUGCCUCCCGGUCAACCCGCGAAAAGACCCAAGAGAGUUCCACUCACAGAAAUUCAAAUUAUACCCUCUCCCCAGCAAGUUCUCUCGCUCCUAGGAAUCAGAUCUCAGGCCCCCCUGUGGCAAAAGCAGGAAGGUCUUAUCAGCACGUUGGAUCAGGCCGCGAGACGCAGCAAAGUCGUCGUUCAAGCUUCGUAACCGAACCUCAUGAAGCCAAUGGAGACCUCCUUCAAGCGCAUUUUGACGAUAUUACCGUGAACCAGAACACCAGCUCAGCCAUAUUGCAGUCCUUCCCUACAUCAACUUUUGAUACGGCUGCCUCUCAUCCCCCAUUCAUCACUGAUGAACUUGAAGAAGAAUUAGAUCUUGGAUGGAUGAUAGCAAACACGGAGGUGGAGGGACGAAAUUCAUGCUCAUGCGAUAAAUCAUCAGACCAAAACCCAAGACCCUCUUCAACUAACUCCAAUUCACUAAAAAACCAAUCAUCCACCGCAAGACUACCGAGCUACGCCUCAUCUUCAAGAUCACCAACAACCGUUCCCAGAGAAUCACUGAACGCAAGAUUCCAGAACAUCAUGGAAUGCGUCGGCGCAAUGGGUUUCGAAAGCUUUGACGAUCUAGUCACUUCAUACUAUGCCGAUGAGUUUGAAGAAGCGUCCAAGCUCUUCCAUGAGCAGCGAUUCAGCAGGAUCAGAAGACUUCCUGGAGUAUUCGCAGAGAUUCUGGAAUAUGCCAGAAGAUGGGAGCCUGCAGAGCGCCGUGGUCUCGGUGAAGAGGUUCUCAAGGAAGCUGAAGCGGUUCUUAUGCUUGAGAGCAGCGAAGCCUGGCAAUCAUUACAGUCAAACACUGAUGCGGCCAUGACCAAGGACAAUAUCUCUACGGAGCAGGUAUAUCAGAAUAUCAGUACAGUCCUACCCAUGGAGAUGCCCAAUCUUUGGACCUUGUUAAUGGCCCUUGUAGCAUCCGAUUGUCCGGCAUGGCAGCGAGAUUGUUCUGGCACAGCUCUAGCAAUCACUACACUAUUGCAUUUCACGGGUCGGAUGCCAAAGGCUAAAAUGCUAGAACUGAUAGGUCUUUGCAUUUCAUAAAUCUAGAGGUUAUUGAGCCAUUGAUGGCUUCAUAAAAUUUGGGUUAGUAGCAAAAAUGAGACGUCAGCCCAGAAUGCGGUUGUGCUGUACACAGCUGGACAAGAGACAAAGCAGAAUCUACUUAGACCUAGGGCUUGAGGUCCACCAGCCGCCUGAACGAUAUCAGCAGCCCCCUUGAUAUGCUGUGAAGCCAUGGAAAUGUU